AUGCAUGAAUUCCUCCUUUUCGCUCCAGUCCCAGCUCAACAACACCAUGAACUCCUCCAACAAUUAUCCGGCCUCACAGCCAUGCAGCCCCGCCACCGCCUAGAGCGACGUCUAAUCUUCAAAGCCAACCGCAAAGCAACCCGCAUCAACACGCGGCUGGGAGGGGGCAGCCAAGAUGUUCAAGGCGGCGAAAUUCAACGAUUAUUCAAAAUGCUGAAUGGAUCUACGUAUUAUGUGAGAGUGGUUGGGGUUGUGAAUGAAGCUGAUUUCGGCGCUUCUUCUUUGACCGACCAGGAGGAUGGGUAUGAUUAUGAGUCGCAGUUUUGGAGGAUGGAGUGGAGGGAUAUUCCCGAAGCUGGGACGAGGUCGGGUGUUACAUCGAGGCUGAUGGCGAAUGCUGUUCUGCCGCAAGGAGAUAUCAUCAAAGUGAUGGAAACGUGGGGGUAUACAUUCGUUAAUGAGUACGUGAUCGAGGGCGAUGUGUUUAUCUACAAUGAUACAACAAUAUUCCUUCACCGAGUCCUCAACUACCCAGAGGCCUCUCAGACUGUGCAAUCACCACGAACAACUCUCCCACCUCUGAAGGACUUGACUCUACUAGACCCAAGUGGAAGUUAUCUUUUACAGGCCUCAAUUACCGUUCAGGACGGAACUAGUCCUGAAUUAGCUAUACAAGGUCUUUACUCACUGAGAGAUCAACUCAAAACCGCCGUUAAGCUGGAACAGGCUGAUCGGUUGUCGUUGGAUACGAGGAACUGGAGUUUCCAGGCUAGAACUUUCUCCAGUCUUGGGAUGAAAAGGUUGAGUUCUUCAGGCGGAGUGUCUCCGCCUCCCGUCCGGCGCAAAGUCGAGUCGACAACGACUAAAACCGCCGUCGCUUCCUUCUUCACCCCGAUCUCACAAAAGAAACCGGAGAAAAUAACUUGGAGGAUCGUCAACAAAAGCCUCAUCGCCGGAAAGUAUGCUUCGGGGUCAGGCGAGAAUGCACAAACACAACCGGGGAAGAGACGGAAAGUCGCGGCAUUUGAUCUUGACUCGACAUUAAUAGCCACAGCCUCCGGAAACCGAUUCGCACGAGAUUCAUCUGACUGGAAAUGGUGGAACCCCAAAGUGCCCGAGAAAUUGAAACAGUUAAACGUCGAUGGAUACCAAAUAAUAAUACUCUCCAACCAGAAAAAAAUCAGCAUCCAAACCGACCUCAAAGCCGGCCGCUCCGAAUCCAAAAGUCUGUCAAACUUCAAAGAGAAAGCGCUAGCAGUCAUGCGUCAACUCGAUAUUCCCCUAAGCAUAUAUGCAGCUACACAAUACGAUGAAUACCGCAAGCCGAGGACGGGCAUGUGGAAGGAGUUUCUGGAUGAUUAUGAUUUGGAUGUUGAUGAUAGGAGAGUGGAUUUGGAAGAGUCGUUUUUUGUGGGUGAUGCUGCUGGACGGCCGGGGGAUCAUUCUUGUGUUGAUCGGGACUUUGCGGCAAAUGUGUCUAUCAGGUUUUACACGCCGGAGGAGUUCUUUCUUGAUGCUAGUCCAGAGCAGGUUAUACGACAGUUUGAUCCCAAGGCAUAUCUCGACGUUGAUCCCGACGCUCCUGUUGUAUCGACAUUCUCCAAAUCACAUCCUCUCGAACUGGUCAUAUUCUGCGGCAGUCCUGGUGCCGGCAAAUCGACCUUCUACUGGAAGUAUCUCAAACCCUCGGGCUAUGAGCGCGUGAAUCAAGAUAUCCUCAAAACGCGUCAAAAGUGCAUCAAAGUCGCAAAAGACCACCUAACUGCAGGCCACUCCGUCGCCGUUGACAACACAAACGCCAACACCGAAACAAGAGCCUACUGGGUCGAACUAGCCAAAGAAUUCCAAAUCCCCAUUCGCUGUAUAUACUUUACCUCUCCGCCGAACCUGUGUCGCCACAACGACGCCGUGAGGGCUUCGAAUCCAUCUCUCGUUCGUCCCCUUGUCUCCCCCCUUCUCCCUCGUCCCUCCGCCCAAGCAACCUAG